GAUAUAGACCAUGAUUGUUCUCGCUGCAUUAUACGCUAAUUAAAUAAGUAAUUGCGGGGAACGACCAUUAAUUCGAAUGUUUCUCUCUUUGGCGAAAUAAUUUGCUCUGUCCCCUUAUAUAUAACUGUUGUAAUUAUACUGCUGUUAAUUACUUCCGCGGAACGGAGACAAAGUUGCGAACGGCUGGUCAUUGGCUCUGGCGCUCCUCUUCGUCGAUGCUUCAAGGUCAAAAUUUAUUUUGGUGGCCAGGAGGAAAAGUCGGGGCGCACCGGAAUAGGCAAAAUCUACACGUGGCCAACCGAAAUAGAUCGUGGGUAUAAAGCUAUCCCUCUACAGUUUCCCGCGUAGACACCUUAUCUAAAACUGGAAGGUUCGCUGCGAACCCUAAGAUAGCAUGCGACAGAAAGCGGGCGAUACAAUACAAAAUGUUUUUCGAGAUAAAGACGUCAGGGGCGCUGCCACGUGCCGUUGCCCAUUGGUUGAAUCAGCUAACUUCCUUUGUGCCCCGUCCCACAUUAAACCCGAGCUGGGCGAAGAGUCAUUCUGUAGUGACGCAACGCUUUUACAAGACGGCAGCCAUGCUUUCCCGCCGAGUGUGUUCGCGUCUCUUGUUAUCCACUGGGAAGGCUAAGCGCAUGACACAAGAUCGUUUCGUCGUGACUUCGAGAACCGUACCUUCCGUUCCCAUGAACGCACCUACUCUGUAUGCAACCGGGAAUUCGUUCCAGAGGAAAGACAACAUGAUGGCUCUAGAGAUGCUGAACAUGGCCUUCAAAGAUUCCGACGAAACGCAACAGUUCUUGGAUAUCGGCUGUGCAGGAGGUGACUUCACGCACGACGUGCUACUCCAGAAGUGUGGUCCGUGCAGACGUCUUGUAGGAACCGACAUCUCGGAAGCUAUGGUUGAAUACGCCAGGAGCAAUCACGCGAACCCGAAACUUUUCUACGAAGUCCUGGACAUAGCGGGAGAUAUGUCGCCGUUCAUUGAUGAGUACGGCCAUUUUGAUCGGGUGUAUUCUUUUUACUGCCUGCACUGGGUGAAGGACCAGAAGAGAGCGUUGGCGAAUAUAGCGAGCUUGAUGACGCCAAACGGAGAGUGCCUGUUGGUGUUUUGUGGCAAAACAGUCUUCUACGAGGUUUGGAGGCAGUUUGUUCAACACGAUCGGUGGAGACGUUACAAGAACGCAUUUGAGAAGUUCAUUCCACCAAGCCAGUACGAAAAUGAUCUACGAUCCUACAUAGAAAAGCUUCUGGCGAUGGCGCGACUGCAACCACACACGUGUGAGGUACUCCACAACUCCUGGGUUUUCCCCACAGAGCAAAGACUUCGGGAUACCCUGCUGCCAGUGUUGCCCACCCUUGGAGACAUGGAGCAAGGGGAGAAGAAUGCUAUCUUUGAGGACCUCUACACUAGAGUGCUCGCUAUGUGUUCGUCUCACCCCGACGGAAUAAGCAUGGAUUCCUUUUUAUAUGUAGUACACGCAUCGAAACUUGUGCGGUGAAACACCACCUGACGUAUUUUAGACCAUGCUUUUUUUUAAAUCUCAAUCAUACAAUCGCGAAUUUUACAUGUUACGCCCGACUCAUGCGAAUUGUUUUUACAAUAACAUGCAGGUUCUCUUCAUGUAUUCUUCCUUUCAGACAUUGUAUUGUAAAAAUAACUCAUUUGGAUCGGACUCCAUCUUUCUGAAAGUCAUUUUAUCAUUCUUUCCGGACUCAUUUCCAAUGAUCCAAUAAAUGCUGUAGUAUUAUCACAACAACGUCAA